AUGCGAAGAGACACAGAAUCAUCAACGAAUUUCUGUUCUACGGAGGUAUAUACAGGAGGGAGGGUGCGACACCUUUCUCUCGACAAUGGAAUGACACGGGAAAUACUAUAUGGGAAUCAAGAGUAUCGCAGCUUGGCGAGGAGAGAUCUCAUCCAAACACUUUUUGAUGGCCUACCGCCCGGAACAGUCAGAUUUGGCUGCCACAUUGUUCAAGUCAAAACAGAUCCAGUAACUUCCCAGUCUGUCCUCCAUUUCGAUGAUGGAAAUGUGGUCACUGCCAAGAUAUUAAUCGGCUGCGACGGAGUAAACUCAGUAGUGGCGGAAUCACUCAAGCUAAAGCCUACAAGAAGCUCUCAUACAAGUGUAGUGCAUGGGCUUACAAAUUACCCAAAUGGUCAUGGAUUUGGCAAUGAUUUCAUCAUGAUGAAGAAAGGACAUGUGACUGUAGGGAGAAAUCCAAUCCACGGCAUGCUCGUCCAUUGGUUCAUAUGCCUGACGCGGAUUCCUGAAGUGCCACUACCCACUAGGCAGUUAAAACUGCAAGGCCCCACAACUAGUCCAGAUCUCAUGUUGGAAAUCUCAUUUGCGGGUUCAUUGAUGUGCAUGCUUUCAUCAUACAUGUACGCAGAUUAUGAAAUCACAGGGAAGCCUGAAAUAAUCAGAGAAGCAGCACUGGAAUUAAUUAAGGGAUUUCCAGAAGAAAUAAUUGAAAUGGCGGAGAAGAGCAUCCUCGACUCUUUUACUUUCGUAAAGAUAAGAUACAGAGCACCGUGGGAUCUGUUACUGGGAAACUUGCACAGAGGAACGGUGGCUGUGGCAGGGGACGCAAUGCAUGUGAUGGGCCCGUUCCUUGGGCAAGGCGGUUCAGCUGCUCUAGAAGAUGCAGUUGUGCUUGGAAGAUGCCUGGCGAAAGCGAUGCACAUGGACCCAAAUGGAUAUUACGACGGGAAGCAGCUGGCGACUAGAGUUGAGUUCGCACUGGGUGAAUACAUUAAAGAAAGGAGGAUGAGGGUGAUAAGGUUGUCUAUGCAGACGUACCUUAAUGGAUUGUUGAUGGCAGCCUCAUCCUUUUUUACGUGUGGAUUGAUUAUGUUCGUGUUAAAGACUUUAUUUGGUGGCGCACUUGGACAUGCUCAAUAUGACUGUGGCCGCCUUUGAAAACGUUUCACAAUAUAAGCUGCUGCAAAGUGAUACAAUAAGAUUGUGAGUGGGGCCAACG